GCUGCGUACGUAGUUGAUCUAAUUCACUCGGGGCAGAGAUGCUUCAUCCACCAGUGUGUUCAACGCUGCUUGUGACGGUGGAGAGAAUCGGAGGAAGUGACUUUGGUAAUGACUGAUCCGUUGAAGCGCUUCGGUUUUCAUGACUUGGACUGCUCACAACUCCCUCUUCUGCUGCCACUACUGAAAGGUUGCAGCGGCUGCAUUCCACUCCUGGCAGAAUCAAACCGGGGUGUCCUGCCAACAAUCCCAGUCCUGCUGCAGCAAACCGGCUUGUGUUGCUGUGGGAGACUAGGUGCCACAUUCUGCCGCCUUGCUUCUCCUUCCAGCGAGGAACUCUACCUCGCUCGCACUUCCACUCUGUCGGCUAUCUCACACCUCUGUCCUGUCGACACUCCCUGCCAUCCAGAGAGGGAAUGAGACUGUCCUGUAAUGUCUGCUGCCACCAUCGAGAGGGAGGAAAGACUUCUUCUUCCUUACCAGCCUAAUCUACACCUUCACUGGGUCCUGCCAGGAGCUACACGCUGCUAUGCAACCAUCCAUAUAUCGAGCUAGUUGAGAUUCCUGUCAUGUCAAUCUAUUGCGUCUCUCAUUCUUGCCCUGUGGAUGUACCUGUGAUCAGUUCC